AUGGCAGCCAGUAGCAAACUUCACAUUGUUAUGUUCCCAUGGUUAGCUUUUGGUCACAUCAUCCCUUAUUUUGAGCUAUCCAAAUGCUUAGCUCAAACAGGCCACCUUAUCUCCUUCAUCUCAACCCCACGUAUCAUCGACAGCCUUCCAACUGUCCCUCAAGAUUUAAAUAUAAAUCUAGUAAAGCUUACCCCACCUCACGUAAAUGCCCUCCCUGAAGAUGCUCAAUGCACCAUUGAUGUCCCCGUCCGUGACAUCCACCGCAUAAAAAAGCUAUUGGAUGGAUUGGAUGAACCCUUUUCUACGUUCCUCAAAGACCAUCCAUCCGUCGAUUGGAUAGUCUAUGACAUGUUUGUUUACUGGGCCCCAGGUAUAGCUGACAAGUUCAGGAUACCGUCCGUCUUCUUUUGUCCUUCCUCAGCAGCUACGCUGGUAUUCGUCGGCCCUCCAUCUGCAAUAUUAAGCAGCGAUUUUCCAUCUUUAACAGCGGAGAAUUUAACAGUACCUCCUCCAUGGGUUCCAUUCCCUACAACGGUCGCCUACCGAUACCAUGAUGCCAUGCAUAUAGUAAAAGGCGCCAGUGGCGGAGACUCCGGUGUAACCGAAAGAUACCGGUUAGGGAUAACAUUCCAAGGGUGCCAUGUUGUAGCCGUACGGAGCUCUCCAGAAUUCGAACCUGAAUGGAUGAAGCUCCUCGGUGAUAUUUACCAAAAACCGGCUUUUCCGGUAGGUUUAUUGUCAUCGUCGGUACAUGAAAUCAACAGUUGCAAGAAUGACACGUGGGUGGACCAGGAGUGGUUGGACACACAAAAGCAAGGGUCCACGGUUUAUGUUGCAUUUGGGAGUGAGUUGCGACUCAGUAAAGAAUACGUGCAUGAGUUAGCUUUUGGGUUAGAGUUAUCUGAGCUGCCUUUCUUUUGGGCUUAUAGAGGGGACCCAUGUCUACUUCCAGAUGGGUUCGAGGAUCGAACCAAGUGUCGUGGGUUAAUCCGUACGGGUUGGUCUCCACAGGCUCGGCUCUUGGCUCAUCCAUCGAUUGGGGGUUUCUUGAUGCAUGGUGGGUGGGGUUCGGCUAGCGAGUGUCUUGCUUUUGGGAAGCCGCUUAUCAUGUUGCCGUUUAUCGGUGAUCAAGGUCUGAAUGUGAGGUUGCUGGAAGAGAAGAAGGUUGGAAUUGAGGUGGACAGGAAUGACACGGACGGUUCUUUUACACGGGAUGCGGUUACUAAGUGUUUGAAGAUGGUGAUGGUAGAUGAUGAGGGUGCAGGCAUCAGAGCCAGUGCUAGGGAGAUGAAGAGUAUCUUCGGUAGCAAGGAAAAGCAGGAUCGGUACGUGGAGGACUUUGUGAAUUACCUCAUUGAACAUAGACCCAAAGAGGGUGUGCGGGCCCCAUCAGAUUGAUCAAGUACGGUUGGAUGCAAAUCUGUUUAUGAAUAAGACCGUACGUACGUACAUUUGACCCAACGGUCUUGGAUGAUGUGUGUAGAAUGCAGUUUAGGUUUUUGUGUAUGUCUUAAAAAAAAAAAAGAAAAAAACUUUGAAGUGUGACAAUGUGUAAUAAAGGCACCUGAUUGGUGUUAGAUGAUGGGUGUAGCACGAGGAUUGUAUUCAGUAAUCUAUGUUACAUAACUACAUGUCUACUAGUG